UCUCUCUCUCUCUCUCUCUCUCUCAUCCCUCUUCUUGAUUCUUGAUCUUGAGUGAGAUUUUUGAUCCUUUCAUGGACACUAUUCUGCAAGUACCCGCUGAUGGGUUCAAAUUCGACAACAGUUUCGGAUCUUGCUGCAAACCAAGGAACAAUCUUGAAUCUGGCACCAAAAUUUUCACCUGUUUCUAUGAAUCCAAGAACCCUUCUCCGACCGAAUCUACGGAAUGUUCAGAGUACCAUCCUGUUUUGAAGUACAUUAAUGACAUGUUGAUGGAGGAAGAUCUUGAAGGACAGUCUUGUAUGUUGGAAGACAGUUUGGCUUUACAAGCUGCAGAGAGAUCUUUCUUUGAAGUGCUCCAGGAGGGUCAAACUCCUCCUCCGUCAGUGACGAGCUUACUUCAACCAACCUCAGAGGAAUCAACAAGAAGGUACCGCCUACGAGAUGAUGACGAAGAAGACGAUCUUGAAGGUGGAAGGAGGUCAAAGCUCCCUGCAAUUUCAACAGUGGAUGAAGUAGCAGAAAACAUGGAGGAAGUCUUGUUGGUGUGUCAAAACAACAAUCAUGGAGGAGAAGCAACACGGAACAAACCAGGACGAGAAAAGGGAUCAUCAUCGAACCGAACCAAGCCUCAAAAGUCAGACCAGGCAGUGGAUAUGCGGAACCUCCUGAUGCAAUGCGCUCAAGCAGUGGCUAGCUUUGACCAGAAAAGCGCAGCUGAGAAACUGGAGGAGAUAAGAGCACACUCUUCUAGCCACGGUGACGCAACUCAGAGACUUGGUUACCAUUUCGCCGAGGCGCUUGAAGCACGUAUCACUGGAACCAUAAAGACACCAAUAUCUGCCACUUUUAGCGGAACGUCGAUGUUUGACAUUUUGACGGCCUACAAGGAGUUUGUUCAGGCUUGUCCGACCUUAAUAAUGUGUUAUUACACUGCAAACAGAACAAUCAUUGAGCUUGCGUCCAAAGCAACCACACUUCACAUCAUUGACUUUGGUAUUCUCUAUGGAUUUCAGUGGCCUUGUUUGAUAAAAGCGCUGUCAAGACGUCCCGGUGGUCCACCAAUGCUCCGCGUGACCGGAAUCGAGCUGCCUCAGCCAGGCUUCCGCCCAUCAGAACGUGUAGAAGAGACAGGGAGAAGGCUGAAGCGGUUCUGUGACAAGUUCAAAGUACCCUUCGAGUACAGCUUCAUAGCCAAGAAUUGGGAGACCAUAACCCUCGAUGAGCUGGUGAUCAAUAGUGGAGAGACAACAGUUGUCAACUGCAUCCUUCGGCUACAAUACACGCCUGAUGAAACCGUGUCCCUAGACUCUCCGAGAGACACGGCUCUAAAACUAUUCAGAGAUAUCAAUCCUGACCUCUUUGUGUUUGCAGAUAUACAUGGGAAGUACAACUCUCCAUUCUUCCUAACAAGGUUCAGAGAAGCUCUAUUCCAUUGCUCGUCUCUCUUUGACAUGUUUGGGACUACAAUAUCAGAAGAGAACAAUUGCAGAACCUUGGUGGAGAGGGAGUUGAUCAUAAGGGAUGCCAUGAGUGUGAUCGCCUGUGAAGGGUCUGAGCGGUUUGCGAGGCCUGAGACCUAUAAGCAAUGGCAGGUUAGGAUAUUAAGAGCCGGGUUUAGGCCAACGAAACUAAACAAAGAGAUCAUCAAGGAAGGAAAGGAGUUGAUUAGAGAACGUUACCACAAAGAUUUUGUGAUCGACAGUGACAACCACUGGAUGUUUCAGGGCUGGAAAGGAAGAGUCCUCUAUGCUCUUUCCUGCUGGAAACCUGCUAAGAAGCAAUAAACUAUUCUUUAAUCAUUUGCAUGGUUUUGUCAGCUCUUCAUAUCUUUGUUCUUUUUGCUUCACAGUGUUUCUUUGUAGAGACUUUUGGAUUUUGCUGUCAUAGAUCUAUUUAUGGAAUGAGUUUCUCUUU